AUGCGUGCUGGGUCGCCGGCGGAGACCGGCGCCGAUAUGCUGCUGCGCGCUGCAUCGGCCGAAGAUGACGCGGCGGCGCUGCCGGAGCACCUCCUGCGUGGUGCUAGUAGGCCCGUGCCAGACGCAGGGCCUUCCAAGAAAUACAAGCCACCGAAGAAGCGGGUGAAUGGCGUCACGGAGGAGACGUACCGCGACCGCUGGCGCAAAAAGCAACCCCGCAAGAACAUGACGAGCUGGCUGUCAGGCGUAUGCAGCGGCUGCGAGCGCAUCGGCCCCUCGUGGAAGGCACUGGUCCCGUGCGCGGGGCCCUGCCUGCGCUCGUUCCACCUAUCCUGCGUCGGCGGCGCGGGGCGCCCUAGCGCCGCGGGCGCGGCCGCAGCCGCGGCCGCGGACGGCGCCGCGGCCACAGACGCCACGGGCGUGGCCGCGGACGGCGCCGCGGGUGCGUCUGCGUCCGUGGAGGGCGCUGCGGGCGCGGCCGAGGGCGCGGGCAUUGCCACGGACGCCGCCGCAGAGCCCUGGUUCUGCCCGGAGUGUGAAGCGGGCCGCAUGCGCUGCUUCGUGUGCGGCAAGUUUGGGACGUGCCUCGAGGACCCAACGAUGCGCAAGUGCUCCCUCGGGGCAUGCGGGCGCUUCUUCCACCUAGAGUGCGCCAAACCUCUGCCGCUGUGCAGCGUCGGCACUGGCGGCGGCUUCUUCCGCUGCCCGCAGCACUACUGUGCGACGUGCGGCAAGAGCUGA